AUGAGUUCCUUACUUGAUCAGUUACUGGCGAUGCUCAAGGCGGACAUGAUGAACAACAUUGACUACAAACGUUUUGUCCGCUACUUCUAUGACCCUUCACCUCGCUUUGACGAAGCAUCAGGAGCCUCAAUAUGGCUAUUGGGCAAAGAAUACACCUCUAGUUCUCCUCAAUCCAUAACGACAACAGACCGGGAGGAUGUGGUAGAGAUAGAAUCUUCUGCCGACUCCCAUGACCCUUCUGAAGCAGCAGCGUCGACUGCUCCGACAGAAGAUCAGGAGCAUGCCCACACCGAUAAGAACAAGCAUGAGCACAGAGACAGCAUUGACGACGUCCAUCGAGUAGAAGGUCAGAAUCUGCCGUCACUCUCAAAUGAUCCCGCCGAUGGUGGCUGGCCGCUUGCUUUCAUAGACGACUUUGAAUCCAGGAUAUGGUUGACAUAUAGGAACAACUUCACACCCAUACCACGCUCGUCGAACCCUUCGGCUACUUCCUCCAUGACUUUUGCGGUCCGUCUUCGUAAUCUAGCAGAAAAAGACGGGUUCAACAGUGAUACUGGCUGGGGUUGCAUGAUCAGAUCGGGACAAAGCCUCCUUGCGAAUGCCCUACUUAUGCUUCAACUGGGCAGGGACUGGCGGUACCAAGAUCACUUCUCAGAUGCGAAAGAGUGUCACAGCCAUAUACUCUCCCUCUUCGCCGAUUCUCCUCAAGCACCUUUCUCCAUUCACCGCUUUGUCUCUCACGGUGCUACGCACUGCAACAAACACCCAGGUCAAUGGUUUGGACCCAGCGCCGCAGCCUCCUGCAUUGCAGCUUUAAGUACAGAAUGUGCUGAAGCUGGUCUGCGAGUCUACGUUACACCCUCAUCGUCUGACCUUUACGAAGACAAGUUCAAGUCCAUCGCAGCUCGAUCUUCUACAGAUCCCACAAUCACUCCAACCCUCAUCCUCAUGGGGAUACGAUUGGGCCUCGACAGAAUCACACCAGUAUAUCACGAAGCCUUGAAACGCUCGCUCACAUAUCCACAGAGCAUAGGCAUUGCUGGUGGCCGUCCGAGCUCAUCGCACUACUUCAUUGGUGUACAAAACGACACAUUCUUCUACCUCGACCCUCACGAGACUCGACCUGCCCUGCCUUAUCACAGCUCCUCAGCCGACUACACACCCGAAGAAAUCGCAACAUGCCACACCCGCCGCCUGCGAGGCUUGGACAUCAAAGAGAUGGAUCCCAGUAUGUUAAUGAGCUUCCUGAUCCGCGACGAAUCGGAUUGGGAAGACUUCAAGCGGCGCAUCAACGACGUGAGGGGCAAAAAGAUAGUCAACAUCUACGCUAAAGAACCACCUGUGCCAGGACAGAGCACAGAGAGAAAAGAAGCAGUAGAUGAGGUUGAGACUUUUGACGAUGAGGACGAGGAUGACGAGGGAGAUGACAGCAAGACGGAGAAAGGGGAUUGA